GAAGGGGACUGCCCUUAUGCACGGCACCCUCGAUCCGAGGGAGUUUCUGAGAGGUGCCACCCCCCCUCUGGAUCGGUCUACUCUCAGCCGGUUUGGGGACGAAACCCUCGAGCUCAAGGCUCUCCAGGCCUCGGCUACUGCUAGUGUUGCCUUCGGGGAGCUCGUCCGGAGGGCGGAACAGCACCGGGUUGAGAAGGCGAAGUCUGACGAGGCCAUGCGGAAACUUAUCGCAAAUAACACCGAGGCCAUCAGGCAGCUGGCUGCCUUAGAAGAGACCCUCCGGCAGGCUGAGCAGAAGUUGGAGGCUGCGAGGCAGGAAGCUCGGGCCGAGG